CCAAACUCGUUGUAAAAUUACAUCCACAUGCUGCGGUGCCGGUAGGUAGCAUCGUACGAUUACUCUAUCAGUGACUUGAACGACUGCUCAUCAAAAAUACAUAACAAACUUUGACGAGUUACUGUACAGUAAUGACCACCGUACGCACGGUACCAUACUCUAUGGCAUGGACUGUUAGAACUGUUUUACUUUAGUACGAAGUACCGUCCCGGUAGUACAGAAGUACAGGGUAGGGGUCAUGAUUUGGCCCUGCACGUACUUUACGGAACAAGAGCAAAACGGGUCGCGGAUUUAUGUCAAUUUUACAACCGAAAACGAACACAGCAACAACAACUUGUGACUGAACCGAAGUAGAGGAGUACAGUGAACUUGUUUCGAUCGAAAUGAAGAAUCGGGUCAGGAAAAACGACGGUCUUCCGAUAGUGAACGGGAAAAAAAUCACUCCUCGAAGCSKUUAUCGCCGCAAGGAAGAGGACUCACCGUGGUCCCUCCGUUUGACGRUCUUCCUUUGUSUUUUGUUAUUAUUUUUUCCCAGCAACGGAGGGGAACCAGAGGCUUCGACUGUGGCGAAGCCAGAAAAAAAGAUAGCAACAGAAAACAAACAGGCAACACCGCAGGCAACACAACAGGCAGCACCACAGCCAACACCGCAGAAUGGGGAAUUUCCAUCGUUUUGCUCACCCGAACAACUUGAAAUGAUURGCAAACAUUUGAGGCCGAAUGCGAGGGCCGCUACACUCACGAGCAAGUAUGCCAGGAAUCCAAUUCUAGCUAGAAAAUUUUAUGCAAGCGACRACUUUAAGCUGAAACCAGAGCAUACGUUCUUUGGGGUGUCGCUGGGAUGGAACAACAACGACGUUCCUGCGGACACCCUCCGCGUGGGGUCCAGAGAUCCCAAGCACAAUCCCACAGAGUGGGCCACCAAGCUCGGUCUCGGGAUGCGUUUGAAUCCCGUUUCGAUCGAGGGUGCAGCGACCCGGCCGGCCAAGUUGCUGGUCGUGGACUGGCCCAAGAGUUACAUGCCGGUGCCCGCGGUGUCGCUGGAGAAGCUGAAGGAACAAUCCGGGUACACCGACGACGAACUCGCCAUCGAAACCAUGGGACUGGAGAAGAUGCCURCGGCGCUCGAGAAUCUGAUCCGCUCCCAGAUGCCCAAGACCAACGGGAAGGUUGCGGCCGAUCAACCCAUCCAUUACCUCGACAUUCCUCUUACGGACGGAGCGGAUUACAUGAUAUUGAAAAUCCUCAUGAGGAGUCUCAUAAAAGACAUUCGGUUUAUGAUGUUUGAGUACAACGAUAAGGGCUCGUGGGGUGGGAAUGCCUCUCCCGAGAAUGCAUUUCGCGAGCUUACGAGAGAUUUGAAGCAGAASGGCAUGGUUUGCUACUGGACCGGCAAGGAAGAAACAAAGUUUCCCCUUUGGAGGAUCACGGACUGCUGGAAACCAAUGUACGACCAUCAGCACUGGGCCCUCGUUAGCUGCGUCAGCGUCAAGCACGACGACACGAAAGAACUGGCUUUGCGUAUGGAGMAGAACUUCCAGGCCACCCUCCGGCGCGGUGAUUUGCAGCUUUAAAUCUCCCGAACCAAAAUCCGGAGGAUCAAGGUGUGGCACCGCUGGCGUUCGGCAGCCGUCCACACCGCCUUGUCGUCCGGCGUACCGGGGAGGACCCCGGCAAGGAUCGCUCGGUCGGCGACGACCAGCGACGCACAACGCCGCCUUUGCCCUCGGUUCCAAAACCGCAGCGGGGACAGCGUGGUGGCCUUCGGUCCCGCGCGGUCCUCCGUUCGCAAGCCACUGCAAAUGGCGGUUCGCUUCCUUGAGUGUUGCUUCCUAGAAUGUAGUCUGGUAGUCGUUAAAAAUUAUACUAUUCUUA